AUGACAUGUCCAUGUGGUCAAUAUGAAUUUAUUGAUUCAACAUCGGCUUCAUUGACUGAUGCUUUAACUUAUCAUCGAUUGGCAUGUAAUCAAAUGAUGCAUAGUUUCUUAACUGGUACGCCAGUUUAUGAAGAAAUAAUGACACCAAUGGAACGUUGUCGACCAAGAAAAGAAGUUGAACAAGAAAAUGAUUUCUAUGCAAGAAUUGUUCUUGCUACUGGAUCCGAAUUUGUCUAUGUGCUUCCAAAACGGACAAAUCAAGAAAAAAAAGUAGCUAGACUUUUAACUGGUAUAUCAUUUCCACCAGCCGAACGUCAUUUCUCAUCUGCACAAAUACAAAAACAACGAUUAUUUUUCGAUCGUCAUCUAUUGAGUCCUGUUGAUCAAUUACCUUAUGUAGAAACUGAUCUAUAUAAAAUGAAAAUCAUUGCUGUUUUACCUACUGACGAAUCAAUUAUAUUACGAUAUCUUAUUGAAACAUUAUUUAUUAUUCAUGGUGAAACAAAAUUAAAUAUGAUAUGUCCCAUUGGUAUUGAUCCUGAACAACGUUAUGGUCGACCUUAUGAUCAUCAAUGGUAUUAUCAUAUAAAACAUCCAGAACUACCAACGGCACCAUCUAUUCUUUCAUUAAUUCAAACAAUAAAAGAACUUAAUGAACGUCCAUCCAACGAUCCUGAUCCUGAUGAUGAUGAUGACGAUGAUGAUGAUGAUGAUGAUGAUGAUGAUGAUGAUGAUGAU